AUGGGUUCAGAAGAGCCUCCCACUCAGAAGUUCGAGACAUUGCAGUUGCACGCUGGUCAAACACCAGACCCAGCGACCAACGCCCGCGCCGUCCCCAUCUAUGCAACAACGAGCUUCGCCUUCAAUGACAGCGCCCACGGCGCCCGCCUGUUCGGGCUCAAAGAAUUCGGCAACAUCUACAGCCGUAUCAUGAACCCCACCGUCGACGUGUUAGAAAAACGUCUCGCAGCCCUUGAAGGCGGCGUCGCCGCCAUCGCCACCUCCUCAGGCCAAGCCGCGCAAUUGAUGGUCAUCACAGCACUCGCGCACACAGGCGACAACAUCGUAUCCACCUCCAACCUCUACGGGGGUACCUACAACCAGUUCAAAGUCGCCUUCCCACGGCUCGGCAUAUCCACGAAAUUCGUCAAGGGCGAUCGCGCAGAGGAAUUCGAGCAAGCGAUCGAUGACAAGACGAAGGCGGUCUAUAUCGAGAGUAUAGGCAACCCGCGGUACAAUGUCCCGGACUUCGAGGCGAUUGUGAAGGUGGCGCAUGCGAAAGGCGUUCCUGUUGUGGUGGAUAAUACUUUUGGUGCGGGGGGUUACUUUGUGAGACCGAUUGAAUACGGGGUCGAUAUCGUGGUGCACUCGACCACGAAAUGGAUUGGGGGCCACGGAACGACCAUCGGCGGUGUGGUCAUCGAUGGGGGCAAGUUCGACUGGGGGGCUAAUGCGAAGAGGUUCCCGCAAUUCAAUGAGCCUAGUGAAGGGUAUCAUGGGCUGAAGUUCUGGGAGACGUUCGGGAACAUCGCGUUUGCGAUUCGGUGCCGGGUCGAGAUUUUGCGGGAUUUAGGCAUGUCGAUGAAUCCAUUUGCGGCUCAUGAAUUCAUUCUGGGGGUGGAGACGUUGUCGUUGAGGGCGGAACGGCAUGCGGAGAAUGCUCUGAAAUUGGCGAAGUGGUUGGAGGCGAAUGAGAGGGUCAGUUGGGUUAGCUAUCCUGGGUUAGAGAGCCAUGGGAGCCAUGAAUUAGCGAAGAAGUAUUUGAAGAGGGGAUUCGGUGGCGUGCUUUCGUUUGGGGUGAAGGGUGGAGGUGAGGCGGGAGCGAAGAUCGUGGAUGGAUUUAAGUUGAUUUCGAACUUGGCCAAUGUUGGUGACUCGAAGACGCUUGCGAUCCAUCCAUGGUCGACGACGCACGAGCAGCUCAGCGAUGAGGAGAAGACUGAUAGUGGAGUGACUGAAGACUUGAUCCGCAUAUCUGUUGGCACUGAGCAUUUUGAUGAUAUCGUUGCCGAUUUCGAGCAAUCUUUCAAGGCGAGUGGCGCUCCAACAGAGGCAAAAGACGACCAAGGGAAGAAUGCAGAUAAGGGAGGAACUACAAGCGUAGCUGGAGGGCCAGCCGGUGCGACGUGA